AUGAUUUGCUGCAAUGGCGCCAGGGGCGGCAGCACGGAGCUGUGCGACCUCACGCUGAUGGGGCACGACGUGGUGGAUGACUGGACCGUGGUGACGGUAGCACCGGCGGCUCCCGUCGGAAAGUUCAGUGGUAACAGCGUGACGUUAGACGAUGUCGGUUGGGAGGAGCAAGUCGGCUGUAGAGAAAUCACCUGGCCGUUGGAUGACAGCAAGAAGCAGUUUGAGCAGGACGAGGACGCUUUGGAAGACGCGACUUAA